UAGAGAGCGAUCACAUCCAAAAGAAACAAAAGAAAGACAGUAGAGAGCCAUGAGUCAUGAGCCCACUGGAGGUAGCAAGACAAUCUCAGGGGCCGAAAAAGAUACCUCAUGUUGCAUCAUAGAAAUGGAGAAGUACCCCUUGAAACAUCUCAAGGACUCGGCCGGUCAUGAAGAUUGUUGCAUCUUUAGAGUCCCUCACACUCUUUUUGAGGCCAAUGAAACAGCUUACAAACCGAAGAUUUUGUCGAUAGGCCCAUACCACCAUUUGGAUGGUACUAAAGAUGCUCAAGGCGGUAGAGAUGGUGAAGGAGGUAAAGAUGGCCGUAAAAAUCAUCUUGAGAUGAUCCAGGAGCACAAACAACGAUAUCUUGAAAUCUUUUUGUCCAAGAUAAAAGGAAAAAAGGUGUAUUUGACGGACUUGUGCCAAGAAGUCCGGGGGCUAGAAAAGAAGAUCAGAGACUCGUAUUCAGAGGAUCUGAACUUUGAUUCAGACAAGCUGGUCGACAUGAUGGUUCUUGACGGUUGCUUCAUCCUCACGUUGUUCCUUGUAAUUUCAGACAAGGAUUGGCGUAAGGAUUAUCCUUAUGACCCAAUAUUCAAGUUCCGGUGGAUUCUACCAACUCUUCGAAGUGAUCUCCUCCUCCUUGAAAACCAGGUCCCCCUAUUCCUUCUUCAAGCUCUCCUUUCGAAAUCAGAACUGUUUUCUUCCAGUUUGGACAUCAAAACUAAGUUAAACAGUAUCAUCUUUAACUUCUUUCGUUAUUCAAUAGUAAAGUCAGAUAAGUUUUGGAAGGAAAGAAAGGAUCUUCCUGCAAUGCAUCUCCUAGAUCUCAUUCGUAAAACUUUCAUACCCAAAUCUCCCAAAAAAAAACAAAGCUGGACCAAUAUAUUUAACGUUUCUACAUUCCUCAAUAGACUAAGUCCUUCCAAAAGUAAAGCUCAAGCGGACACAUCAACACCACCACAAUCAACACCACCACAACAACCAAGCGAAACACAACAACCAACAGAAAAAAAACAACAACCGAAGCCUCGCCCUCAUCUCAAGCUGGUUGUCUCAGCAAUAAAACUUCAACUCCGAGGAAUAAAAUUCGAGCCAAAGGAGAGUGAGACACCGCUUGAUAUAACUCUUAAGAACGGUGUACUUAAAAUACCGCUACUGACAUUUGAUGACUUUUUCAGCUCUCUUUUAAUCAACUGCGUCGCCUUUGAGCAGUUCAGCUUAAGCUUCUCAACCGAAAUGACAAGCUACGUUACUUUCAUGGGCUGCCUCAUAAACACAGCUGAAGAUGCAACGUUCUUAAUUGAGAAGGGGAUCAUAGAGAACUAUUUCGGAACGGGAGAUAAAGUGUCUUUGUUCUUCAAGAACAUUGGCAACGACAUUGCGUUUUCCAUAUCCCGUUGUUACUUGUCAAAUGAGUUCGAGGGAAUCAACAAGUACACUGCCCAAAGAUACCGUGUACAAAUACUAUGCGCAGGAAUCAAGUAUACAUAUUUCAACCUUUGUAGAUCUUGUUUUAUCAAAGCCCAUUUCACUGUCUCUUACGGGAUCCUUUGUCUCCGACUCUCCGGUAACCGUACGGUUAACACCAGUACUCUAUCCAAAAAAUCGUAUUACAGUAUAAUCUAUAAUGUAAUUAAUCGGAUGAAUGUAAUAGUCAUUAAUUAA